AUGUCGGCGGCUAUGCAGUUGGUUGGUGUUGUGGCGGUGACCGUUGCUGUGGCGGGUUGGCUCGCGCCCGUGGCCGAGGCGAGCUACGAUGCCGACCAAAAUAAGAGCUCGACCAACUUUCUCUUUCGCGGAAACUUGCCCGUGACGGACAACCAUACCUUUGCCAAGGAGGCCCUCGUCGCCCGCAUGCAACAGCUGGCAGCCGAGCAAAACCUCACCUUUCCAGAGACCUUUUACUUUGUCGACCUCAGCUUGUUGGACCCCUUUGAGGUCGCAGAUGCCGAGGUGGAGAUCAAAUACUUCAAGGAGCAUCCCAAUGAGGGCGAGUACAUCAACUGGCUGACCGUCGGCGACGUCGUUCAUCCCGAGGAGCUGCCCGUCGAGGCCCGCCUUGCCUUGGCUCGCAACCUCAGCCAUUGGCAAAUGGACAAACUGCCCCAGCGCAUGGGCGCUAUCGAUGCCCUUCUCAACAGCACAACUGUUCAUGGUCCCAUUGUGGCCUACAUUCACUGCGAAGCUGGCAUGGACCGCACCGGCGAAAUGUCGGGUAGUUACUACAUGCAUGCCCUCAACUGGACUUUCCACCAGGCACUGGCAUACGAUGAUUCGAUUGAGACGCGUAACAUUUCCAUCUACAGCCAAAACGCUUUCCAAUGGUAUUGCUACUUCUUGUCUGUGACGUACCAGCCGUGGCAGGACUGCUCGCUCCCGUAA